AGAAGCGCUCCGGACGGCGCCGCGGUAGCUCGCGUCGCGAAUAAAAAAUCACAUUUUCCUCGAUUUUUCGCAAAAACUGCUAGGCCUACCCUCGUUCGGUUAAAAAUCUAAGUGGACAUUUUAGUGUUUGGUAUAAAAAAAUUAAGACCUAAAAAUAUAAGACCAAAAAAAGUACUUAGCGACCUAAAAAAAAUUGUGAUAAUUUUUCGAAUAUGGAAUACAAAAGUUAAGAUUAGAACAGACGAUGCAAGCGAUGAGUGCGAACGCGAGCGCGCCCCGAGCGCCGCAACGUUCGCCGUUCGCCAUCCAAGAACUGCUAGGUCUCUCUGACAACAGAGAGCCUAGAGACCGAUACUUCGAAGGCAGAGAAGAUCGGGUUCUGAACUUGUCCGAGAGCCGGGAGCCCAGGGGCUAUACUCCUCAGUUCCAGCUGCCUGCGUCGGUGGCCAGCCGCGUCGCGUACGCUGCGGCCUUCAAUGCCCAAGCGGCUGUUGCGGCUGCCUUUCUACCAGGUCCUCCUUUGUUACACCCUCCACCUGGCUUCCCGCAGAUCAAGUCGCCCUACAGCCCCACCAGCCAGCCGCAUCUCACAGCGGUGCGACAGUUUUACGCAGGAGUACCUUCACUAGACGCAGCCAAAGACUUCACAGUCGACGGGCUCACCGGCUACAAUGGGAAGAAGAAGAAGAAAAAACGCAGGCAUAGCAGGACGAUCUUCACGUCGUACCAACUGGAUGAACUGGAGAAAGCCUUCAAGGACGCACACUACCCCGACGUGUACGCCAGAGAAAUGCUGUCGCUGAAGACGGACCUGCCUGAGGAUAGGAUACAAGUCUGGUUCCAAAACCGACGCGCGAAAUGGCGCAAGACGGAGAAGUGCUGGGGGCGGUCCACCAUCAUGGCGGAGUACGGGCUGUACGGGGCCAUGGUGCGGCACUCGCUGCCGCUGCCCGAGACCAUCCUCAAGAGCGCCAAGGAGAACGACUCCGUCGCGCCCUGGCUACUUGGCAUGCACCGCAAGUCGAUCGAAGCCGCGCAGCACCUGAAGGAGUCUGGGUCGGAGCGCGAGGGCUCCGAGGCGGAGCCCGACCGCGCCACCUCCGCGUCACCGCACCACCACGACGUGCACGAUACACAGGCGCAGAGUUCCCCGGCCAGCAGCACGACAGCAUCCUCGUCGGCGAAGGGCCGCGCGUCGCCGGAGCCCCGGGAGAUGUACGAAGACCCCGAGGCGUUCAGAAACAACAGCAUCGCGUGUCUGCGGGCCAAGGCGCAGGAGCACCAGGCCAGGCUGCUGUCCAACAAUUUGCUGCUUCAGGUGCGAGGUCUGUCCCGCAGCGCGGCGAGCUGCGAGGAGGACGGGCCGGCCGACAUCGACGUCGGCACGGAGCCCCCCCCCCUCGCGCACCUCUACUGACCGCACGGGCCCGAGGGGAAGCCCUAAGCCCUGGAGCUGGAGGAAAUUAGACUUCACUUCGUGAGACUUGACCAUGACCAUAGGUUGGUGUAAGGUCGGAAGAGAAACUUCGCUUCCAGUAUGAAAAGAAUUUGACUCUAAACAACAGAGGUAUCUCUUCGCUUCAAAUAUGAUCAAAGAAUCAGACUAGAGACUCCUUUGGAAGAUUCUAAGGGAAGAUUGAAUUAUAAAAGAUUUGUGAAUAUUUUCACUCGUUCCACUAGGAUACGAUACCCUAUUUCAAUACUCCGGGGAUCGAAAAGCACUCGCUAUUCCGCUAUGGUCCACCGGGGGAUUAUUUUUGUGUAAAUAUAAGGUGACAGUUUGCCAGUUGGUUUUUCAGAUUAUGACCUACUUGGGAUACAGUGUAAGAAGUUAUACAUACCUCAUAAGAACCCCAAUAUGAAAUUCAAGAAGUGAAAGUCCUUCAGGGUCAUCAAAUUUAUCUUGUGGAUUGUUAAAACUCUGGAAGUAUCUAAUUUUCGUGGCGCUUGCGCAGGAGUUGUGGUGAUAACUAUUCUAUGUAGCGUUUCAAGACUAUAUAAGUGUAAUUAUGUACAUUGUAGCCGCUAGAUGUACUAUUUAACUUUCCCGUUUUCGUGCAAUACCUUUGGUUAAGUAUUUAUCAUUAUCAGUGUAGCAUUGUGUUAGAGACUGUAUAAAGUUCAGCACCUAGUAUAUGAAUGAUUUCGUAGUAGCGUGGCUCUGAAUUUAGGAAUAAUUUAACAUAGAGCCGGCCGUGUUGCUACCGAAAUCAUGUUCAGCUACAAAGUGGAGAUAACAUAAGAUAUAAUAAUUAUUCUGCAUCUGGUCUUUUUAGAUUCUAGAGACGUACCUAAGUUAUAUAUCCGUGAGCAACUUUUAUACUAUGCAAAUUACAGUCCUUUCUUCGUACAAAAUUAGACAGGCCGUGAUUUAACCGAACAAUGUGCUAAAGUAAAGGCGGCCUUGCUCUAUAAUGGUGAUUUGUUACACAUUAUCUUCAUACAUAAAUCGAGCCUAGUCUAGUCUUAACCCAGGUUCAAGUUUUGUCAUUUAGGUACGUGUUAUGUUUACUAUUUGCCUAACGGGGUAGACAUAGCCAUCAGUCACGAGACAUCUAUCAACGGCCUUAUAAUUGCCUACAGGUGCAAACCGACUUGACGAAAAGCUGGCUCUGUCUACCACGUAAGUAAUAAAGACGUGAUAUUGCCCUCGUUUCCAAACCGGUCAGGGUUGCAAAAAAUAAUCUGUAAUCUAUGGAGAAAAAUCAAGAUUAAUGUAAUUGAUCUCUUUAAUCUGAUAACCUGUAAUAUCGAAAGUUAUCGAUCAUUGAUGAAAACAGGAACAAUUUUAUUGUAACCGGAUUUUCAAUCGGAUUAUAAUAAUAAAAUUGAUUACGCCCAAUUGCCCCAGCAUGAUAUUCAAACUGAGAAAGUAAUUGUAAUCAUACCCUUACAUUUCAAAUAUAAAUUCGAUCAACAUUCUGGAUGAGAAUAAUUAAGUCUUAUGCUUAUCCCUACGCUGUAUUUCAGUAGCGCUGUGCUCACUAGACUAAGAUUCAAACAGCACUGUAAAUUGGUUAUAAACGGUACUAUUUAUUGUUAAAAUUUAUCGGAGCCAGGUCCAUUAAAAUAGAGGAAUAAUAAAACGAGUGACAAAAAUAUUUCGAUUGAAAAUUAUAUAAGUACUGUUUAACUAAUUUUAGGGACAUGAAUUUGAGUUAGCGAAGAUAUAACUAAACUGAUGCUACAAUAUAGGCCAAUAAAAAAAUCCUACGUGCCUAUAAAGUGCGCGUUGUGGAAUGACCACUCAGUGAUGACGCGCACGUAGUCGACAUCCUAAACAAAUAUUCAAAAUAGGUUAGCCCCAGUACGCUGUUCAAUAUUGUAACUUUUCAUGUGGUUUUGCUAAUGUCAAACAUUUAAUGUAUGAUAAAAUACAGCUCACUAUAUAAAAAAAUAUUUACCAAAUAUUGUCACUGAAACAAAUAUUAUGCAAAAACAAUUUGAAUUAAUUUAUGUAAGUCACAGUUUUGUCGAUUUCUCGCCAGCCGCGGUCUGUGUCCAAGUUAGUAUUUUUGUAACCAAAAUUAAUAUUAAAAAUAAAAAUUUGAAUUCAGUCACUCGUUGAAAUAUUACCUACCCUCAAAAAUAUUAGCAUUAUAGAUAUUUUCGCUCUGAGAGUUGGGAGGCUCUUGAACUAUUGUAGAAGAAGUUAUUUGUUAUAUAUUGAAUUAAAAUCGUUAAAAUAACUUCUUAUACAACAAAAAAAUGACAACGAAAUUCCCCAAAAAAAUAAUUACCUAUUUAUUCUACAAAUGUUGAACGAAUUGACAUCGAAACAUUCCGAUAAAGACUUUUCUUAUGUGCUGUGCUGUUUACUUCUAAUUAUGCUGUAACUCACAUGGUGGCGUUCAGAAGAGUAGACAUAUAUUUUUGAUUGUUGUACUUACGUACAGUAAUAUAAAUUAAUAUUUCUAUGUAACGAUAUUUGUAUUUUUAAAUAAUAGUAAACUAGUACAGUAUCAACUAUUGAAUUUAAAGCAGUCUCAAAAAAACAAUUGGCCUAUAUUUACUCGUAUUAUCGCAAAAUUAAUUUUGAAAACAUUCAACAAAAACUUAUUUUUGUUGAAUGUUUUCAACAAAUUUCGCUGCCGAAGUGUCGUCACACUUAGUUUCUCUAGCAAAAAAAAUGGCGGAUAAUAUGCAAACAAAAAUAUGUAAUGAAACAAUAUUUGUCUGUAAGUAGACGAAUUUUUUUAUUGUUGACAUGUUUUUGUAGAUUGUGUGUGUGUAUGUCUUAUCCUCACUAGCAAAAUUUAAUGAGCGAAUGAUGAAGUCAUGACGCCUUAUAAAUUUUAUGAAACGAACAAAUUACGGCCUAAUUAAACGUAAGUAAAGUUGACUUCUUCGCAAGAUUCAUAUUAUUCACAGUAAUCACUAUUAAGCAACAUAGAAAUCUUAAUUACAUUUAACUUCUUUGACGUUCUGUUGCUCCGUUUUAGCCAUGCCUCAUUGCUCCGUCACGUUGACGUCUGUUGGCGGAAUCACGCAGAAAGUGAAUGAAUUGUCAACUUACGUCAGUGACAAAGAGAACCACAGAGCACACUGGAGCUAAACGUCCGGCGUUGCCGCAACGAAGCACAACGGAGCAGUGGGGCACAGCUUUACGUUAUCCGUUUUCUAUCUCGACAAUUCUGACCGCCACCGACCCAGCCGCUAUGCUAAGCCUAUUUUGUAAUGAGCUGUACUUACAGUACCGUACUUAUGUAGAGUUGUAAUAUAUUUAUAAUAACGUAAGUCAUCCUAAUAUUAAGUCAUUCCGAUGAAUAAAACUGUAUAAAUUAAAUUGA